GGGAGAAGGAAGAAGGAAAUCAUAACUCGGAACCUUCUUGAGAAAUCCUUAUAGGUCAACCACCAAAGCUCCAAUAAUAUUAAGUAUUAAAAAUUAUUCCAUGUGAUACACGCGCUCUUCAUUUUUGUUCACAUCAACCUUUUCCAAUUUUUUUUUUUUUUUGGGUAAUCUUUUUCCAGUUAUUCACUAUAUGCGUGGACCUUAAUUAUUGUUUCAACCUUCUUUCUUUCGAAAUUACUAUACUUACUAUUAUAUAAAAGCGGACCACCAUCAUUUCUUCAUCCCCAUAACCCCCUCUUCAGCCCCAUCAUUGACCUCCCUCAUUCAUCAAUGGCUUCUCUCAGUAACUCAAUUCUUACAUUCCGAACAACUACACCCUAUCAGCACGAAGAUACAACUACUUUUAGACUGGUCGAUUCAUUUCUUUCGUCAUCAUAUUUUCCUAAUAGAGUCAAGUUGUCAACAAGAACACCUUCCUUGUCCUCAAAAACUAGUCGAUCUUUCACAUCUAUCAUCAAUGAGUUUGAAGAAGGAAAAGGUAACAAACCCGUUGAUCAAUUAGAAGAAAGUAAAAGUACUACUACGACGACAAAAAUUCAAGAAUCAGAACUAGCUGAUCGAUGGCUAGAAAUUCACGGUCAAGAUGAUUGGGUAGGGAUGCUUGAUCCAAUGGAGUCACUUUUACGUAACGAAUUAAUUAGAUAUGGAGAAAUGGCUCAAGCUUGUUACGAUGCUUUUGAUUUUGAUCCAUAUUCUAAGUAUUGUGGGAGUUGCAAAUUUCCAAGGCGCAAGUUUUUUGAUGGCCUAGGCAUGACCGACUAUGGCUACGAUAUCACACGUUACCUAUAUGCAACUUCAAAUAUUAACUUGCCAAAUUUCUUCAAGCAAUCGCGUUGGCCUAAGGUAUGGAGUAAAAAUGCAAAUUGGAUCGGUUAUGUGGCAGUUUCUAAUGACGAAAUGUCGAAACGCUUGGGGCGCCGUGACAUAACAAUAGCAUGGAGAGGUACUGUGACUCGUUUGGAAUGGAUUGCUGAUUUAAUGGACUACCUCCGUCCGAUUAACUCAGACAAUAUACCUUGCCCUGAUCCUCAUGCCAAGGUGGAAUCUGGGUUUCUUGAUCUUUACACUGACAAAGACGAGAAGUGCAGGUACUGCAAAUUUUCAGCAAGAGAACAGAUACUAACGGAAGUGAAAAGAUUGGUAGAAAUGUACUCGGAUGAGAAAAUAAGCAUAACGGUUACCGGACACAGCUUAGGCAGUGCACUAGCAAUAUUAAGUGCAUAUGACAUCGUGGAAACGGGAUUAAAUGUAAGAGCGGAUGCAAGUGUUGCGCCUAUUUGUGUUUUCUCAUUUUCAGGGCCAAGAGUGGGUAACAUAAGGUUCAAAGAAAGAAUUGAAAAGUUAGGUGUGAAAGUGUUGAGAGUUGUGAAUGUUCAUGACAUUGUGCCAAAGUCACCAGGAUUAGUGUUGAAUGAGCACUCACCGUCUAUGGUUAUGAAAAUAUGUGAAGGGCUGCCAUGGAGUUAUUCGCAUGUUGGUGUGGAGUUGGCGUUGGAUCAUAAGAACUCCCCUUUCUUGAAACCAACUAAUGAUCUUGUUUGUGCUCAUAAUUUGGAGGCUCAUUUGCAUUUGCUUGACGGAUAUCAUGGUAAAGGGAGAAGGUUCGUGCUAUCUAAGGGAAGGGACAUAGCAUUAGUGAACAAAGCAUGUGAUUUCUUGAAAGAUCAUUAUUGUGUUCCCCCUAAUUGGAGACAAGAUGAGAACAAAGGCAUGAUUAGAGACAAGGAUGGCCGUUGGAUUCAGCCUGAACGUCCUAGACUUGAUGAUCACCCUCCUGAUAUUCACCAUUACCUCAAACAUUUAGGCCUUUAGUUGGAUCAUCAUCUUCUUGAUAUUAAAAUUACAUUUAGUGAAGGAAACCAUAAACUAUGUACUCUAAUAGUAGAAUCGAUCUUGCAAUGGUAAAUACUUACAUGCAUGUUUAAUUACACCAAAUCAACUCUACAUGUGUUGUCAUGAAUAAGUGAUUUAAUAUAAUAAAAAUAUUAUUGAAUCAUGAUUAUUAAA